AUGCGCGCGGGAUGUCACUUCGAGGUGCCGCGAGAAAUUGUGAUGAAACGAGCGGUGAUCAGUGUGAAAUCCAUGGACAAUGCGUGCUUCGCAUGGUCGGUGGUUGCUGCUCUGUACCCCGCAGAAAGAAACGCAGAUAGAAAAUCGUCGUAUCCACAUUACACGACAGUGCUGAAUUUCGCGGGUAUCGAGUUUCCAAUGACUCUAAAAGACAUUCCGAAAUUCGAACGUUUAAACGCGGUGUCGAUCAACGUAUACGGCAUUGAAAAUGGACAGAUCCUUCCUCUGCGACUCACAAGUGGCACAAAGGAGAAACACGUCAACAUGCUGUACCUGCAAGAUCCACGCAACGACAGUGUAGCACACUUUGUGUGGAUAAAGAACCUGUCGCGCCUAGUGAGCUCGCAACUCACGAGAAAGGAGCACAAAAAAUUUUUCUGCGACCGAUGCCUGCACUAUUUUGGCUCGAGCCCUCAGUUGGAGAUUCACAGCGAGGACUGUCAAAAAAUGAACGACUGCGCCAUUCGCUUGCCGAGCGAGGACGACAGAUGGCUCGAAUUCGACAACCACAACAACCAAGAACGCGUUCCAUUCAUCGUCUACGCCGAUCUUGAGUGCGUCCUAAGGAAGACGAAGCCCGACGAAGAAUAUGCGUCAUCGUACGAGUAUCAGCGAGUUCCCUUAGAAAAAGUAUUAGGGCAGUUACAUAUGCAAGUGAGCAAUAACAGUGGGAAGUCACGUGGGUUGGGUCACAUGGCACGUUGA